CCCAGCCAGCCGCAGUCCCACUAGCGUCCUCCCGCAGGCGGCGCCAGAGUGUAGACCCGCCUCGUGACUCCAGGCCAGAGUCCUGCGGGGCGUGGCGAGAGGCGGGCCCUGGCGUCUCUGGGUGUCGGAGCGCGGCGACGGUCUCGCCGCCGCGGGACACACGAACGGACAGACGCACGGACCCGCCAAGGGAACCACCAGGGCCAUGACGGAGCGCGCCGGCCGCCGCUGCUGCCUGGGCUGGGACUUCAGCACGCAGCAGGUUAAAGUCGUUGCUGUUGAUGCAGAGUUGAAUGUCUUCUACGAGGACAGUGUGAAUUUUGACAGAGACCUCCCUGAAUUUGGAACUCAGGGCGGUGUCCAUGUACACAAGGACAGGCUGACGGUCACCUCUCCAGUCCUGAUGUGGGUCCAGGCUCUGGACCUGAUCCUGGAGAAGAUGAAGGCUUCGGGCUUUGACUUCUCUCAAGUUGUAGCCUUAUCUGGAGCAGGCCAGCAACAUGGAAGCGUUUACUGGAAGACUGGAGCCAGCCUGGCACUGUCGAGCCUGUCACCAGCACUCCCGUUACACCAGCAGCUGCAGGCCUACUUCUCCAUCAGUGACUGCCCAAUAUGGAUGGACUCCAGUACCACAGCCCAGUGCCGCCAGCUGGAGGCUGCUGUGGGCGGAGCCCGGGCUCUCAGCUGCCUCACAGGGUCUCGGGCCUAUGAGCGCUUUACAGGCAACCAGAUAGCAAAGCUCUUCCAGCAAAACCCAGAGGCCUACUCACACUCCGAGAGGAUUUCCUUGGUCAGUAGUUUUGCUGCUUCGCUGUUCCUGGGUGGGUAUGCGCCCAUCGACUACAGUGAUGGUUCUGGAAUGAAUUUGUUGCAGAUCCAGGAAAAAGUCUGGUCCCAAGCUUGCCUUGGUGCCUGUGCCCCCCGUCUAGAGGAGAAGCUCGGCUCACCAGUCCCCUCGUGCUCAGUUGUGGGAGCCAUUUCUUCCUACUAUGUCCAGCGCUAUGGAUUCCCUCCUGCGUGCAAAGUGGUGGCCUUCACUGGGGACAACCCAGCAUCGCUGGCGGGCAUGAGGCUGGAAGAAGGUGACAUUGCGGUCAGCCUGGGCACCAGCGACACCCUAUUUCUCUGGCUCCAAGAACCCAUGCCUGCCCUGGAAGGCCACAUCUUCUGCAACCCCGUCGAUGUGCAGCACUACAUGGCUCUUCUGUGCUUUAAGAAUGGCUCCCUUAUGAGAGAGAAGAUCAGAGAUGAGUCUGCUUCCGGUUCUUGGAGCAAGUUCUCUAAAGCCCUGCAGUCCACAGAGAUGGGGAACAAGGGCAACUUGGGUUUCUAUUUCGAUGUAAUGGAGAUCACCCCUGGAAUUAUGGGACGUCAUAGGUUUAACGCAGAAAACACUGAGGUCUCAGCAUUCCCUGGGGAUGUGGAGAUUCGGGCACUGAUCGAAGGACAGUUCAUGGCCAAAAGAAUCCACGCAGAAGGGCUAGGCUACCGAGUCAUGCCCAAAACAAAGAUUCUGGCCACAGGGGGAGCAUCUCACAAUAAAGACAUCUUACAGGUGCUCGCAGAUGUUUUUGGGGCCCCCGUGUAUGUCAUAGACACCACCAGUUCAGCCUGUGUGGGCUCUGCGUACCGAGCUUUUCAUGGCCUUGCAGGAGGGACAGGUGUGGCCUUUUCAGAGGUUGUGAAGUCAGCACCGCAUCCCAGCCUGGCUGCCACCCCCAGCCCCAGAGCUUCCCAGGUCUAUGAGGCCCUUCUUCCUCGGUACGCUCAACUUGAACAGAGAGUCUUGUCUCAGGCCCGGGGACCUCUGGAAUGACUGUGUGCCCUGGCAGCCUGCUGCCUCCCACCUGCCCAGACUUCCCACUUGUCCUCUUGCUUGUGCUGACUCAGUGGCACGCUCUUGUCCUGUCCUGGGCCAUCCCGAAGCUGGCCAGAACUCCCUGGAGAUAUGUGGCUGCCCAUGUCCCCGGGUGGGACUGCGCCUCUCCUUUCUGUCCUUUACUCCAGGAGGCAGGAAAACAGUGUAGGGUGUGGCCAUCAAAGAUGCUCACCCCCCCCCCCCAAGUCAGAAAGAAAGCUCUCUUUCAGGACCAAACUCAGCAGAGUAGGGAACAGCCUUCUUCCUGGAUGACUACAUCUCCUUGGUCCUCGCCUUUAGCCACCUCAGCCCACACUGGGACCACCCCUUCCAUCCUUCCCUGCAAACCAGACUCUACAGCCCCCACAUCACCCUCUCAGCUGUUUCAACCCUCCUGUUUCCUUAGGUGCCUUCCCAGGGUCCUCCCCUGUCUGCCCAUCUCCUCCCUUCCUUUAUCCUUCCCUCCCCUUACCUAUCUGGGUAUAACUUCCUACUCAAGAUGAUCUUCAUGAGCCUGGUGAAUAUCCUGUGCCCUCCCCAGCUCUGUCUGUACCUGACUAGGGCUGACCGGGUCACCCGGCUGGGCCAUCGCCCAGGCUAAACACUUUAGGGUUCGCCCUGUUUCAUUGUAGUUCACAUGAUGGCAAUAUUGUGUGUUUCUCUUGGAGAAAUUCUGGAUUUUUUUUUCUUGAGGCAAGGUCUCCUACAACCUGGCUGCCCUGAAACUUUCUUUGCAGCUAAAGGUGACCUUAAACUUGUGAUCUUCCUGCCACCAUCUGCCAAGUGCUGGGAUUAAAGGCAUGUGCCACCACACCUGGUUUAUGUAGUGCGGGGGAUCCCACGGCCCCUGCGUGCUGGGCAAACACUCUGCUAGCUGAGCCACACCCCAGCCUGAAUUUCCUUUUUAUUUGCUCUCAUGUCCACAUAUCCUGUUAUAUUUGAACAGAUAACUGCAUCCUCCCUCCUUCCUCUUCAUUCCUUUUUAGACUUCCCUGCUCCUUGCUCAGAUAAGCCCCUUGUGACCUCACUCCUGUGACAACCCCGGGGUUUUCCUCUGCCACAAGGCUGCACAGAACUCCCCAGACCACAGUGGCGAGAUGCUGCAGACAGGUGUGAGAUCGCGUGGUUAGAGAGCAGUGACUGCUGGGAAGUCUGAAGGACAGAGCACAAACUUGAAGAGCAUCUUCCAUCUGGAAGGGAAGGCUCGGUGUGUGAUGGGCAAAGAAGCUGCAGGCAGCCAUCACUGCCACAGCAACCUAAGCUGGAGGAGACGCUGCUGAGCCUCUUGUUAAGAGUUAUAAACCCUGAGCAACAGCAUCUGGGACCAUAAAACAGUAAACUAAGAUGGCAUUCCGACAUAGAUCGUCCUUACAAUAAAUCAGACAAUCGUGGAAGAAAGAAAAAAAGACUCCGUGGGUGACAAAUUAAAAACAAAUCCAAAUGCAAACGCAGCAAGUUUAUGGGGGAAGAGAGUGACCAGACAGAAGAACAAUGUCAUGAAAGAUUUAGAUACGAGGGUACAAUGUAUGGAAGAGGAGGCAGAUGUGGCAGGAAAUCAGCGAGGCACCAGAAAAGAAAGGAAAAGAAAAAGACAACAUGGGUAACAUUAGUGCUCUCAGCAACAAAAGACAAGAUCCCUGUUGCUAAUUGAAACUACCCAAAAUAAAAACACAAUUUUGAAAACA